CACAGCACAGUGAGGUUAUAAUCAUUGUCCUAAAGGCAUGGUUUUCAAUAUAACUCCUCUUUUAAAUUAGGGCAAAAUUGUUCAAAUGUGAGUGUACGCAGAAAAUUAUUAUUAAUUAACUGUGAGCUAGCCUGUUUACCCACUGCAUUUUAACUUAACUCAUUCUUUUUUGCAACAUUAAUUGCUCCUAUCUUGCAUGUUGAACAUAGCUAUUAGAAUCAAACAUCUCUAGGUCUUCAAAGUUGAAUCAAAAUGGAUCCUGCUGAAAUAGAAUUCCUCGCUGAAAAGCAACUUAUAUCGAUCAUUCCCAAAUUCAACCUGAAUCACACCAUUCAUUUAAUAUCUGGAGACAUCGGUCCAUUUCGGUCAGGCAUCCCUGUUCGUGUUCCUAUUUGGUUGGCCAUCAACUUGAAACAGCGGCAAAAAUGCAACAUAGUUGUACCAGAGUGGAUGAAUGUGGAGACUUUGGAGGAGAGGAAAGAAAAUGAAAAACAAAGCGAAUUUUUCACAAAGAUGCCAAAUGAACAUUACAUGGAAGUUUCAAGAAUGCUGUUUGAGACAGCUGGUGAUGAAAUCCAAAAGAUAGAUGAGAUUCGCACAGUUCUAAAAGACAUCUGGGACUUGAGAAUGUCCAAACUGAAGGCCUCCAUCAACAAAUUUAUCAAGAGUGAUACUGGAAUCGCCCAGUUAGAUCAUCUAACACAAUUAGAAAUCAAUUCCGUGAGACCGCUGCUGCCUGAUUCGCUCAACAUCAUUUCCAGUUUAGAAAAAGAUCAAGACUCAGAUGGUGAAGACAAUUCCCAAUCUCAGAAUCGUGCCUCCUCUUCGUUUGCUCAAUGAAUUCAGAGACAAUAUCUUUCAACUAGGAAAAUAUGGAACGCCUUUUUAAAUGGCCAGUAUUAAAGAAACAAAUGUGGCGUUAUUGGAGGUGGGUGUCUGUGCUGCUAAAGUAUCAUGAUUGAAAUUAACAGAUGUAGCAUUUUCAAACAUGAUAGAAAUGGUCUGAAGCAUGGCAUGCCAUGGUCAUGGCAUGAUUGAUGGUCAAAAGCCCAAACCACUUCAGUCGUUUGCGAUGUUUAAUUAUCUCCUUCUCUACUGUAUUUUUUUUAAUAAGAGCAAAUCAGUGUGAUUCCUUGAAGUUUUUUCGGAAUUUCUUUGAACAGAGAAGACAAACCAUGGAAGUUUUCAAGAAUUGAUGUGGAGUAGUUCUCCACUUAAAAAAUGAAGUAUAACAAGAAGUCUACAAUAUUGCAAACCAAGCUGCGUUGUUUGGGAAUUUCACCAUCGAUAUUUUAUCAAAAAGUGAUACUAAACUCAUGUGUUGUGCCUGAUAUGAAAGUGUGAUACCAUCUUAUUUUACUGGAUUGUUUGGCGACCCUUCAUUUCUCUGGGGGUUUUCAAUCCAACAAUUCUCAAUCAUUCAUUUUUCAUGAAUAGUUUACCCUGAAUAUGUCUUUAUAUUUUUAAACAAACUUGUUGAAUAAAUGUUUUCAAAAAA